AUGAGCCUGCGCUCGCGGACCAACUCGCCCGCCUUGUCCGAUGGCGAAGUCCUGAGCGGAGACGAGGAGAAGGCAAUUAGCACGAAAGCGACUACGAGCAGGAACAGCACUGUUAACACGUCCGCCAGAUCCAAUGGAUCUUCAUCUCGAGCUUCGCGAUUUCCGUAUGGUUCUACACAUCCCCGUCAUGAUGGUGGUGGGGCUGUGAGGUUGCCCGAGAGUGCCCGGGAUCGUUCUAGGUCGCCAUACCGAAAAGAUAGGUCUAGGUCGCCCUAUCACGCGAAAAAAGGGACUAGUGGUGAGAAGCGGAGCCGAGAGGAUGACCAUUAUGACUCGAAGAAUGGCUCUGAUCCCAGGCGGUUCAAGAUUCAGUAUGAGGAUGAGGUCUCGCAGGGCGCAUUAGCCGCACAGCCUGCAAAGCCAGCGUCUGAGCAUCACAUCCCGUCAAGACCAGUGAACGGCGCCUCUAAGCACCAGAACAGGAAUGAUGGUGUAGUUGGAAUGCCAGACCGUGGCCGGGACCGCGCUCGCAGCCGCUCUCCGUUUCGUCAUGGCAAGGAAAUGAAUACUGGAACUCAUAAUAUUGGAGAGGUGGAGCAUGGCUCUGCCCGAGCCAAGUUGCACAGUAGUGGUGGCGCAACGUCAGUCAAAGAUCGCGAGUCUACCCCACCACUUUCACGCGCAGAGCAUAGUACUAAGGUCAGGAUGUCUUUGUCAGAACAGACUCACCCAUACAGAAAAGCACAAGCUCAGCCAAGCCGCCCGCUCGCAUCUACUACGGACGAGACUGCUGAGAAUGAUGCCGAGCAGCAGCCAAAGCCAUCUGAAGUCGACAUGAUCGAGCAGCGCCGCAGACGCCGUGAAGCAAUCAAGGCCAAGCACAAGAGCCAGCCUGGGUUACUGGUCCAAGCACUCGAGCACAACAUCGCAUCGGCGCCUGCCACGCCAGCACAUGAGAGCAGCGGAGCUCCAUCUGAGCAGCAAUCGCCACCAUCGUCCCUUGGCUCACCACGCACGCCAAUCCAGGAUUCGCCACCCAUGUCACCGGCUGCAUUCACAGUCACUGACGACGAGCAGCUAGCCAAUCGCCACCAGGACGACUUGACGAUACAUGAAGACGAUGGUCCUUCGGCAGCAGAUUAUGACCCUAAUAUGGACAUGCAUGAAGAUCGGCCUGACCACAAAAAGCAAGUCGUCGAAGCUAUCGUCGUUGAGGCAUCGAAGAUGGAGCCUGAGCCGGCGCCAAAGGCCAACAAGGAGUUCGAUAUGUUUGCAGACGACGACGAUGACAUGUUCGCAGCUACCGACAACGCUGGAGCUGCAGUCUCGAGUACGAAGCACGCAAAGACGCUCGACCAGAGCUUACUGGAUAAUUGGGACUACCCGGAUGGACAUUACCGGGUCAUACUUGGCGAGCUACUUGAUGAGCGUUACGCAGUACAGCAGCAGAUCGGCAAAGGUACUUUCGCAACGGUAGUGAAGGCCAAGGACGAGAGGACUGGUCUUCCGGUGGCCAUCAAAAUCGCGGCCAACAACGAAACCAUGUACAAGGCCGGCCAAAAGGAGAUGGACUUCCUCAAACUGCUCAACGAGAGCGACCCAGAAGACAAGAAGCAUGUGAUCCGGCUGCUCCGUAGCUUUGACCACAAAGGCCACAUGUGCAUUGUGUUCGAGGCGCUCAGUGCAGAUUUGCGUGAUGUGCUCAAGAAGUUUGGACGCAAUGUCGGACUCAAUUUGAAAGCCAUUCGCUCGUAUACUCAGCAGAUGUUUCUCUCGCUCAGCCAUAUGAAGAAGUGUCAGAUCUUGCAUGCCGAUCUGAAGCCCGACAAUAUCUUGGUCAGCGAGCGUCGCAACCUUCUGAAGGUGUGCGAUUUGGGCACAGCGGCUUUUGCAACGGAUACGGAGCUCACUCCAUACUUGGUCUCGCGGUUCUACCGUGCGCCGGAAGUUAUCCUUGGUAUGCCGUUUGAUUAUGCGAUCGAUAUGUGGUCCAUCGGCUGCACACUGUUCGAACUCUACACUGGCCGUAUCUUGUUCGCUGGUGCGGACAACAACCAGAUGCUGCGCGUCAUCCAAGAGUGCCGUGGCAAGAUCCCUAUUCGCAUGCUGAAGCAAUCUCAUGCGGAUCAACGAGAUCGCCACUUCGACGUUGAAAACAACUUCUUCUCGCAGGAACGCGACAAGAUUACUGGCAAGACUGUGCUGCGCCAGAUCAACUUCAAGUCCAGUGGCGAAGCGGGUAAGGAUGUCCGUUCCAGGCUCAGCCACAACACGAAGGGCUUGGGUCCAGCAGAACUGAAGGAGCAUAUGGCUUUUGUCGAUCUAUUGGAAAAGUGUCUGCAGUUGGAUCCGGCGAGGAGGAUCUCACCCAACGACGCGCUGAGGCAUGGGUUUGUUGCUGGUGCUGCGCCUGUGGUGAAGACGACGCAAAAGGUAACGCCUGCUAUGAGUAUGCCACGAGCUAGGUAG